AUGGCCUACAGCGAUGAUCUCGUCAACUCAAAGCUGUCGACUUUGCAGGACACCGCCGACAGUGUCCCUCACGUCGGCGCUUGGCUCUACUUUCAUCGUGUGCGCCUCAUUUUCCAGAGGCUUCCCGACUCUCCACCUGCCAAAAAAAUCGCUCUGAUAAGCCUUCUAAACGAGCUUGCUCAGCAAUCGAAGGCACGAGGUAAAAAGGAGUUUGUGCUCGCUAUCUCACCGAUCAUCGAAGAGGCCACCGUGAUCACAUGGAAAGGAGCGCCGCAAUAUGUUCAGGCGAAGUUAAGGAAAACGUUUGACGCAUGGCUUGACCGCAAGGUAUUUGACAUGCCAGUCUUGGAAGCCAUCAUGGCUCGCAUACCCGAAUUCAAACCCAAGAAAGAAGACGAACAAACUACCCAGAAACAACCUCUCGGCGGUUCUUUAUUCGGAUCCACACCCUCUGAACUCCAGCCCCUGGUUCCUCUUCAGGUUGCUCUCACAAAAGCUGCCAUGGCCUCUAACACUUCCACCGACACUGCAUCUACGGAGUAUAAAAAACUGAACGAUCCCAAUUCUGAGCAGCCCCCGCUUCCACGUCAGGCAGCGCAACUCAACCAAUUGUUGAGAACCUUGACUAGCGCCGAAAGCUCCGUUUCAGAGGUAAUCAAGUCACGGCGCGCGCUAAUUGAGGGACUUGAGAAGCUCCUCACGACCAACCGCUCCGAAUUGACGAAGGAAGAGAGUAUCGCUUCCGACCUCGCAGAGAAAAAAGCUCAAACGGAUGCCAAGAAGCACGAAGUCGAAGAUGCCAUCGUGCGCGGCUUUGACGACACACAAGAACCCGGUCGACCGACGGUCGAAGCCUUGACUCCCCCUCCAGUUGAGGCCAUCACACCUGUAGGAUCCCCAAAAGCCAAGCCAUCGCAAGCUUCCCAUGGUCCCUUCAUGGACGAGCCUGAAGAGCCUCUUCCCGAGGAAUUCUCUUUGCCCUAUAGUGGCCAGCCCGACGAUGGCUCUGCGUUCCCUGACCUAGGCAACCUCUCCCCUGGGGGUAGCAAUGACUUUGAUCUCGGUGCCAGUGGAUCAGGCGCAAAGCGGCGCAAGACGACCCACGGCGAGGAUGAUUAUUCGCAAUUUGCAAGUGGAGAGCUGGAUGAGGAUGUGUCGGCUUUGCUGGCUUCUCAAGGGAAUUAG